AAAAUACAAAGGAAAAGAUAAUUAAAACAAGUGAUGAAAAGAAGAGUUGUGGAAAUAAGAAGAAAGAGAAUGUGAAAGUCAGUUUGAUAAAUAUGAAUAUUAGUGAAUUGUGUAGUACUAGACACUGUGAUGACAAAAAGAAUAAAAUUGAAAGAGAUAAAAAUAUGACACUUAUCUGUUACCAAAACACUGGUAAUAUAGAUGAUGAUGAAAAAGAAAUGCUUGAACAGAAGUCAGAGCAUGUUGAGAGUGGAGAAUCAUUUGUAAAACCUAAAUCCAAAAAUGAAAAUAGAUUAGUAUUCGACUAG